CCUGGGACAGCUGCCUGAUCUCUGAUAGACAAUCCCAAAUAAUGCUCUUCUUCCUAGCCAGAAUGUUGACAUUCUCAAUGAAUGAAGCUUUUUGUUUCGUUUGGAUUGCCUGUAUUUUCAUUACUCCCCUGAGCCAGCAAGGGACAGAAAGCUUUCAGUGUGACAAUGGGAUCUCUCUGCCUCUUGACAACGAGUGUGACUUCACAGAUCAGUGUGGGGACAACAGUGAUGAAGAGCCAUGUUUGGAAUAUGAAAGAUGUGAUUUUGAGAAUGGGAUUUGUAGCAUGGCUCAAGAUCAGAGUGAGCAACUUGGUUGGACAAGGAAAAAUGGGAUGACUGGUCUAUCACCUCCAUUUUAUGAUCACAAUGGUGAUAUGUCUGCCCACUUUCUCUCACUGGUUUCAAGAGUGGAUUCUAAUUCUUCAAAUUUAAAAAGUCGAGUUUUCCUUCCAACUAAUGACCAUCAUGCUUGUCAGGUUACAUUUUAUUACUUCUCCAGCCACAUGAGUAGCAAAUUAAUGGUAAGACUUCAAACUGUGUGUGGUGGUCCUUUCCAGCAUUUAUGGCAAAACACAGCUGGGCUCCAAAAUCAGUGGGAGAGAAACGUCAUCAAGAUCCAGAGCUCACGGAGAUUUCAGAUUAUUUUUCAAGGUCAAAUUAUUGCAACUCAUGAACAAGAUGAAGUCAUUGCAAUUGAUGACAUAUCUUUCAGUUCAGGCUGCUUUCCUGCAAAUGAUGAAAUUUUACUGUGUCAAGAAACAUCAGAUACCAAGCAGGAACUGUGCCAUCCAGAUCCAGAUCUCUGCAGAUUUGAUUCUACAAAUGAAGGACUGACGUUGUGUCAGGUCUGUGGAUUUGAGUUUGACAUGUGUGGCUGGACAUCAGAGGCCCCUGCUGACCAGAUUUCUUGGACACGGACAAAAGCAAGAGAGAUCCCUGUGUUAGAAUCCACACCUUGGCAGGAUCAAAGUCGUGAGGAUGAAGGUUACUGUGCAUGGCUAGGGGGCAGGCAUGCUUUUACUCUUAACCAUAUAGACAGCAGGGCUUAUCUGAAUAGCUCUGUGUGUCACUGCCUGGGCAAGAGCUGCCAUCUUCAAUUCUAUUACUCUAUGGAAAACAGUGCCCUAAGAGUGGGCUUAUAUGAUUAUGAGGAAGAAGAAACAUCUUGGACGUUCAACGCAUCAACUGACAGCAAGUGGGCGAAAGCAGAUAUGUUAAUACCAGAAGGUCUGAGGACAUUUAAGAUUAUCUUUGAAGGUACUAUUUUGAGCCAGAAAAGUUUUAUUGGGCUUGAUCAGCUCCAGGUCUAUGCCUGUGGCCAGGACCCACGCAGAAAGCUUUGCUCUGCAGAUGAGUUCACGUGUGCUAGUGGUCAAUGCAUCGCCCAAGAAUCAGUCUGUGACUCUCGACAGGACUGCUCUGACGGGAGUGAUGAACACCUAGCAACUUGCUCAAAUCAUCUCACCUGCGACUUUGAGUCUGGUUUCUGUGGCUGGGAGCCAUUUCCCUCCGAAGAUUCCCACUGGGAGAUGGUGAAAGGAUUGAGCAAUGGAGAAGACCAUUUGCCCAAAGCUGAUCACAUGGAGAACGUGAAUCAUGGAUCAUUUAUUUAUGUUGAAGCACGUCGAUCCCCUGUGGUGGCCAAGCUCGGAAGUCCUAUCCUUACACAAUUGCUCUCUGCCUCUGCCCCAUGUCAGGUGCGAUUCUGGCAUCAUUUGGCUGAGCAUUCGUCUCUCUCGGUUUUUACAAGAACAUCAUUAGAAGGGAAAGUGCAAAAGCAAGGGGAAAUCACUGGAUUCUCUGAUUCACAGUGGAGCCGAGCCAAAAUCAAUCUCUGUGCAAAAGCUGGGGAAUCUACUCUGCCUUUCCAGUUAAUUUUAGAAGCUACUAUUUUGUCGUCGAAUGCUACUGUUGCUCUAGAUGACAUCAGUAUAUCCCAGGAAUGUGAAAUUACCUAUCAAUCACUUCCAGGAACCAGUAUACAAAACACAGAUUCCAAAUGUGAUUUUGAAGCAAACAGCUGUGGUUGGUUUGAAGCGAUUAGCGGUGACCAUUUUGAUUGGAUAUGGAGUUCCCCAAAUGACCUUUCUAGUAGUUUUAAGCAUCAGGCCCCACCUCGGGAUCAUACUCACAACAUGUCUCAAGGGCAUUUCAUGUCCAUUCUGAAGAAAAGCAGCAGCCUGUGGCAAAUUGCUAAGCUCCAGAGCCCAGUGUUCAGCCAGACAGGACCUGGUUGCAUGCUUUCCUUCUGGUUUUAUAACUAUGGCCUGUCAGUCGGAGCAGCUGAGCUGCGGCUGCACCUGGAAGGGUCAAAUGACUCCUCGGUACUCUGGAGGGUAUUAUAUAAUCAAGGCGACCAGUGGUCGGAGGCAACUGUCCAGCUAGGGCGCCUUUCUCAGCCCUUCCACUUGUCACUUGAAAAAGUCAGUCUUGGCAUUUAUGAUGGAGUCUCAGCGAUCGAUGACAUCAGAUUUGAAAAUUGUACUCUUCCCCUUCCUGCGGAGAGCUGUGAAGGGCUGGAUCACUUCUGGUGUGGACACACCAAGGCCUGCAUCGAAAAGCUUCAGCUGUGUGAUCUGGUAGAUGACUGUGGUGAUGGUACUGAUGAGAUCAGCUGCACCCCAGAACUACAGUGUAACUUUGAAAAUGGAAUUUGUAACUGGGAACAAGAUCCAGAAGAUGACUUUGAUUGGACCAGGAACCAGGGUCCAACUUCAACCCUUAAUACAGGGCCGAUGAAGGAUAAUACUUUGGGCACAGCUGAAGGCCACUAUCUCUACAUAGAAUCUUCAGAGCCACAGGUCUUCCAAGACAGCGCUGCGUUACUCAGCCCGAUCCUUAAUGCCACUGAUAGAAAGGCCUGCACCUUCCGCUUCUAUUACCACAUGUUCGGGAAGCACAUCCACAGGCUGGCCGUCUACCAGCGAAUCUGGCGCAACGCGAGGGGAGAGCUGCUGUGGCAGAUAUAUGGGGAUCAAGGCAACAGAUGGAUAAGAAAACAUCUCCACAUGUCCAGCAGGCAGCCUUUUCAGAUAUUGGUGGAGGCUUCUGUGGGAGAUGGCUUCACGGGAGAUAUUGCAAUUGAUGAUUUGUCGUUCAUGGACUGCACCAUCUAUCCUGGUCGUUUGCCAGUGGAACUUCCAACUCCUCCAGAAACUUCAAUCCCUGUAACUCUCCCUCCACACAACUGCACAGACAGUGAAUUUGUCUGCAGGUCCGAUGGUCACUGUAUUGAAAAAAUUCAGAAAUGUGAUUUUAGAUAUGACUGCCCUGACAAAUCAGACGAAUCAUCCUGCGUUAUGGAAUUUUGCAGCUUUGAAAAUGAAAGCCUGUGUGAAUGGUAUCAGUCAAUCCCAGUAGACGUACUUCAAGAUUCAAACACAUUCAGGUGGGGACUUGGUAACGGGAUUGGUAUUCAUCAUGGAGAAGAAAAACACAGGCCGUCGGUGGAUCAUACAGAAAAUACCACAGAUGGCUGGUACCUCUAUGCUGAUAGUUCCAAUGGGAAAUUUGGUGACACAGCUGACAUUCUCACUCCUGUUAUUUCACUCACGGGGCCCAAAUGUGCCUUGGUGUUCUGGACGCAUAUGAAUGGUGCCACAGUCGGUUCUCUCCAGGUACUCAUCAAGAAGAAUAAUAUCACUUCUAAAUUGUGGGCUCAAAGUGGGCAGCAAGGUGCACAGUGGAAGAAAGUAGAGGUGUUUCUAGGAGUUCAUUUGCACACGCAGAUUAUCUUCAGGGCAAAACGUGGUGUCAGUUACAUCGGUGAUGUAGCUGUGGAUGACAUUUCCUUUCAAGAUUGUUCCCCCUUACUCGGCCCAGACAGAAAAUGUACUGCCCAAGAAUUCACAUGUGCUAACAAGCACUGCAUUGCAAAGGACAAGCUGUGUGAUUUUGUGAACGAUUGUGCUGAUAACUCAGAUGAGACUACUUUGAUUUGCGGUACCUCCAGUGGGCGCUGUGAUUUUGAAUUUGAUCUUUGUUCCUGGGAGCAGGGGCAGGAUGAAAACCUGGACUGGAAUCUGAAAGCAGGCAGCAUUCCCACCCUGGGCCCAGAACCCGCUGCAGAUCACACCUUAGGAAAUUCAUCCGGUCAUUACAUCUUUAUAAAGAGCUUGUUCCCUCAGCAGCCCAUGAGAGCAGCCAGAAUUUCUAGCCCAUUUAUAAGUAAAAGAAGCAAAAAUUGCAAGAUUAUUUUUCAUUAUCAUAUGUAUGGAAAUGGCAUUGGGGCCCUCACCUUGAUGCAGGUGUCAAUCACAAACCAAACCAAGGUCCUUCUUAACCUCACCGUAGAACAAGGCAAUUUCUGGCAGAGAAGAGAACUAUCGCUCUUUAGUGAUGAAGACUUCCAGCUCAAAUUUGAAGGUAGAGUUGGGGAAGGCCAUCAUGGUGACAUUGCCCUUGAUGACAUUGUUCUUGCCAAGAGCUGUCUACUGUCCCAUCACUCUGUGAAAGAAGAACAGGGACCGCCUCUUCCACCAGGUCACUGUCCACAUGGCUACCAGGAAUGUCACAACGGCAAGUGCUACAGACCGGAGCAGCGCUGUAACUUUGUAGAUGACUGCGGGGACAAUGCUGAUGAAAAUGAAUGUGGCAGCUCCUGUACUUUUGAGAAAGGCUGGUGUGGCUGGCAAAACUCCCUGGCUGACAGCUUCGAUUGGGUUUUAGGUGUCGGCUCUCAUCAAAGCCUAAGACCUCCCAAAGACCACACACUUGGAAAUGAAAAUGGGCACUUCAUGUAUCUGGAGGCUACUCCAGUGGGCCUUCGGGGUGAGAAAGCGCACGUCAAGAGUGGGCCAUGGCCAGAGUCCAGUGCUGCCUGCACCAUCAGCUUCUGGUAUUUCCUAUCUGCAAAAGCCACAGGGUCCAUUCAGAUUCUGAUCAAGACAGAGAAAGGACUAACGAAAGUGUGGGAAGAAAGUAGACAGAACUCUGGCAAUCGCUGGCAAAGGGCAGACGUCCUGCUGGGAAAGUUAAGGAACUUUGAAGUCAUAUUUCAAGGCAUCAGAACAAGGGAUCUGGGAGGAGGAGCUGCCAUUGAUGAUAUUGAAUUUAAAAACUGCACAACUGUGGGAGAGGCUUCUGAGAUUUGCCCAGAAGCCAGUGAUUUUUUGUGCCGGAACAAGAAGUGUAUUGCAUCCCACCUGGUCUGUGACUACAAACCAGACUGCUCUGACAGGUCUGAUGAAGCUCACUGUGGAGAGUAUACAAGCAUAGCAGGAAGCUGCAAUUUUGAAACGAGUUGGGAAAAUUGGAAUACAGUCUGCAGUCUUACUCAAGAUUCUCAGGAUGACUUGGACUGGACCAUUGGCACCAGAAUCCCUGCAGAAGCAUUGAUUCUGGACUCUGAUCACACACCAGGUAGCGGCAAGCACUUCCUGUAUGUCAACUCAUCUGGGCUCAAAGAUGGUCGUGCCGCCGGAAUCACCACCUCCAAAUACUUCCCAGCCAGCCUCGGAUUGUGUACGGUUCGGUUCUGGUUCUACAUGGUCGAUCCCAGGAGUAUGGGGUUAUUAAAGGUGUAUGUCAUUGAAGAAUCAGGGCUAAACAUUCUGGUUUGGUCAGUAAUUGGAAAUAAAAGAACUGGAUGGGUGUAUGGCUAUGUGCCCCUCUCCAGUAACAGUCCAUUUAAGGUGGCGUUUGAAGCUGAUUUAAGUGGAAAUGAGGACCUCUUUAUUGCCCUUGAUGACAUCUCUUUCACCCCAGAGUGUGUAUCUGGAGGUCCUGUCUCGACACAGCCAGUGCUCUGUGAAGCUGAUCAAUUUUCUUGUAUCUACACUCUCCAGUGUGUCCCUCUCUCAGGGAAGUGUAAUGGACAGGAAGAUUGCAGAGACGGCUCUGAUGAAAUGGGUUGUUUUCUCAGCCCCUCUCCUCAGCUCUGUGGGGAAAUGGAGUUCCAGUGCGCUACAGAGAAGUGUAUUCCAUCCCUCCUGCUAUGUGAUGGGGUGUCUGACUGUCACUUUAAUGAAGAUGAAUCUAGCUGCUCCAAUAAGAGCUGUUCUAACGGAGCUCUGGUGUGUCCUUCCUCUGAGAGCUGUGUCCCAGCUCCCCAGCGCUGCGAUGGUUCUGUUGACUGCAUGGACCUCCAACUCGAUGAGUCCAGCUGCUCAGAGUGUCCAUUAAACUACUGCAGAAAUGGUGGGACUUGUGUGGUGGAGAAAAAUGGUCCGAUGUGUCGAUGUGAGCAAGGAUGGACAGGAAAUCGAUGCCAUCGCCGGGCUAAUCCUUCUGCUACCGACAUCAAGCACACUCAGAAGAAUAUAUGGACUCUCCUGGGUAUUGGACUAGCAUUCCUGAUGAUUCACAUCACAUUUGCAGUCUUGUGUUUUUUUGCGAACAGAAAAGUGCCAAAAAGGAAAACUGAAAAAAGUGGUAACUGUGCGUUUGUCAAUCCCGUCUAUGGGAAUUGGAGUGACCCAGAGAAAACAGAGAGUUCUGUCUACUCCUUCUCAAAUCCAUUAUAUGGUACAACAUCAAGAAACCUGGAGACUGUGCCUCAUCCUUUCAAAUAGCAGCACCGAGAACAAAUAUGAUCCAAUGUGUACAGUUUAUUCCAGACUCUAAAAUCUGAUGGAAACACAUCUUAUGCAGUAGUGAAAAGAGAAAAAAUUCAAAAUGCUGGAGUAAUUAUAA